AUGGCCGACAUGGAAUAUGAAAACGAGAACGAUCGGUUCGAAGAUCCGCAAUACCGCCGACGUAGCGCGUCACCCCAGGAUGCUAAUCGCGCUACCCGGAACCGCAGCGCUUCUCCCAACGGCCGAACUGAUCGUGCCGAAGGAGCAGAUACACGGGUGAAAAACGCAGACGAUGAAGAAGGAGCUCAGAAUACAGGUACCAACUUGUUUGUAACCGGGAUCCAUCCUCGCCUGAGUGAAGCAGACGUGACCCGUCUCUUUGAGAAAUAUGGUGAGGUGGAAAACUGCUCUAUUAUGCUUGAUCCUCACACCAAGGAGUCGCGUGGAUUCGGGUUUGUGAACAUGGUUACUCCUGACCAGGCAGAAGCGGCCAGAGAGGGUCUACAGGGCGAAGUGAUCGAUGGACGUACUUUGAGCAUUGAAAAGGCUCGUCGUAGCCGUCCUAGGACUCCUACCCCCGGAAAAUACUUUGGGCCUCCUAAGCGCGAACUUCGUGGAAACAGUCGCGGCGGUCGUUAUGACCGCUAUGACGAUCGUCGCGGUGGGUAUGGUGGCCAUGGACGCCGUUACGACGAUGGCUACCGCAGCUCUCGCUACGAUUCCUACAGUGACCGUGGUAGUCGCCGCGAUUAUCGUGAUGACUAUGGUCACAGAGGUGUCGACCGCUACGCCACAUCCGGCCGUGAUGAUAGGUACGGAGACCGUGGUGACCGCGGCGACAGAGGAGGUGAUCGUGACCGUGACCGUGGGGACCGUCGAGGAGACCGUCGAGGUGGUGGAUACUAUGACCGAGAUGAUGCUCGCGCUCAGUCUGCUUCUGGGGGUUAUGCAGACGCCCCUUCCCAUCGUGAGUCAUAUGAGCCUUCUGGCAGUCGAGCUUACGAUAACCGUUGGGACGAUAGAACCGGCUCCCGCUAG